GAGUCCCGGACAUCAGCGUCUAGAAUGUGCGCGGCGGAACAUCUGGCGUAACAGAGCGCGACGAUGGAGCGGCGCGUCCGCGGCUGGUGCGCGCUGCUGCUGCUCAGCCUGCUCGUGCACGCGUGCCGGGCGGCCAAGGAGCUCCAGUGCCAGCAGAUCUCCGUCCCGCUGUGCAGGGGCAUCGGCUACAACUACACCCACAUGCCCAACCAGUUCAACCACGACACGCAGGACGAGGCGGGUCUGGAGGUGCACCAGUUCUGGCCGCUGGUGGAGAUCAAGUGCUCCCCGGACCUGCGCUUCUUCCUGUGCAGCAUGUACACGCCGAUCUGCCUGGAGGACUACAAGAAGCCGCUGCCGCCCUGCCGGAGCGUGUGCGAGCGGGCGCGGGCGGGUUGCGCCCCGCUCAUGAGGCAGUACGGCUUCCCGUGGCCGGACCGUAUGAGGUGCGACCUGCUGCCGGAGCACGGCCACCAGGACACGCUGUGCAUGGACCACAGCCAGAGCCAGACCACCACGGCCACCCCGGUGGUGGCCAAGCCCAGCAGCCGCCCGCGGAAGCCCCUCGGAAGCCCGGGGAGGAAGCCCAAGCCGCCGGGCUCCUGUGAGCCCGGCUGCUCCUGCCGCGCGCCGAUGGUCCCGAUCACCGGCGAGCACCACCCGCUUCACAACCGGGUCCGAACGGGUCAGAUCCCCAACUGCGCCAUGCCGUGCCACAGCCCCUACUUCACCCCGGAGCAGAGGACUUUCACCGCGUCCUGGAUCGGACUGUGGUCCGUCUUGUGUUUCAUCUCCACCUUCGCCACCGUGGCGACCUUCCUCAUCGACAUGGAGAGGUUCAAGUACCCGGAGCGGCCCAUCAUCUUCCUGUCCGCCUGCUACAUGUUCGUGUCGGUGGGCUACAUCGUCAGGCUGAUCGCCGGACACGAGGAAGUCGCCUGCAGCCGGGACCACAUCCACUACGAGACCACCGGACCUGCGCUCUGCACCGUCGUCUUCCUGCUCGUCUACUUCUUCGGGAUGGCGAGCUCCAUCUGGUGGGUGAUCCUGUCCCUCACCUGGUUCCUGGCCGCUGGGAUGAAGUGGGGCAAUGAGGCCAUCGCCAGUUACUCCCAGUACUUCCACCUGGCCGCCUGGAUCAUCCCCAGCAUCAAGUCCAUCGCCGUCCUGGCUCUGAGUUCCGUGGACGGGGACUCGGUGGCCGGCAUCUGCUACGUGGGGAACCAGAAUUUGGACAAGCUGCGAGGCUUCGUUCUGGCUCCUCUGGUCAUCUACCUGUUCAUCGGCACUAUGUUCCUCUUGGCGGGAUUUGUGUCUCUGUUCCGGAUCAGGACUGUGAUCAAGCAAGGCGGCACCAAGACGGACAAACUCGAGAGACUCAUGAUCCGCAUCGGGGUCUUCACCGUGCUCUACACGGUGCCGGCCACCAUCAUUGUGGCCUGCUACUUCUACGAGCAGCACAACAGACAGACAUGGGAGGUGGCGCACAGCUGCUCGUGCACGUCGGAGCAGGUCCAGGACAGACCGCUCUACGCCGUCUUCAUGCUCAAGUAUCUGAUGUGCCUCCUGGUCGGGAUCACCUCCGGCGCCUGGGUCUGGUCUGGGAAGACGCUGGACUCUUGGAGGACUUUCUGCACCCAGUGCUGCUGGGGGAGCAAAGCCGCAGGGGGGUCCAUGUACAGCGACGUCACCUGGCGGUCCGGCACCACCAGCUCCAUGUCCUACCCCAAACAGAUGCCGCUGUCCCGUGUCUGACAGAACAAUGUAGCCAUUAGCUCACGGAUGAGAACCCUCUGCAGAAGUGUCCUCGCCGUCCACACUGCCGUGUCUUAGGAGCUCGGAUCAAGUCCGAGUCUCUGGUUCCGUCGCUGCCUUACGUCUUACGGGUCGCCUGUAUUUAUAUAAUUAUUGCUGUACAUUUGUAUAAAUCAAAUCUAAGGUUGUAAAUAUGUUUCACUUUGAUAGAAGAUUUCUAUUUUGAGAAUAAAACAUGC